GUGCAGGGCCGCCACGGACACACGUGGCUCAGCCCCCCAAAAAGGCAUUCCUCGCCGGAGGGAGCGGGCAGUUCGUAUCUCAGCCCCUUCAGAGGCGCCGUCGGUCCGGUCGGCGGGUGUCAGUGCGCAGGGGCCGCGGUUGGCUCCCUCCCCUGCGGAGGCAGCCGCGGGCUAGGGGCGGCCCUACCUGUCGGCACCAUGAACCUUACAGCCGAGAAUCACCGCGUCCCCCUGAGCGACGGGAACAGCAUCCCGCUGUUGGGGCUGGGCACCUAUGCUGACCCCCAGAAAACUCCUAAAGGUACCUGCUUGGAGUCAGUGAAGAUUGCCAUUGAUACUGGUUACCGCCAUAUUGAUGGUGCCUUUGUCUACUACAAUGAGCAUGAAGUGGGACAAGCCAUCCGGGAGAAGAUUGCUGAAGGAAGAAUCAAGCGGGAAGACAUUUUUUACUGCGGCAAGCUGUGGAAUACCUGUCACCCCCCGGAGCUGGUGCGUCCCACGCUGGAGAAAACCCUGAAGAUCCUGCAGCUGGACUAUGUUGACCUCUACAUCAUUGAGCUUCCAAUGGCUUUCAAGCCUGGAGAUGCAAUCUACCCAAAAGAUGAAAAUGGAAAAAUUAUCUACCAUGAGACAGACUUAUGUGCCACUUGGGAGGCUAUGGAAGCAUGUAAAGAUGCAGGCUUGGCAAAGUCUAUUGGAGUAUCUAAUUUCAAUCGCAGGCAGCUGGAGAUGAUCCUGAACAAGCCAGGACUUAAGUACAAACCUGUCAGCAACCAGGUUGAAUGCCAUCCCUAUUUCACCCAACCCAAACUCUUAGAAUUUUGCAGACAGCAUGACAUUGUUAUUGUUGGGUAUAGUCCACUGGGAACAUCCAGGGAUGAAUCAUGGGUAAAUGUGUCCUCCCCUCCUUUACUGAAGGAUCCUGUGCUGAAUGCCAUUGGUAAAAAGUACAACAAGACAGCGGCGCAGGUUGCUUUGCGUUUCAGCAUCCAGAGAGGGGUGGUGGUAAUCCCCAAAAGCUUCAAUCCACAGCGCAUCAAAGAGAAUUUCCAGAUCUUUGAUUUCUCCCUCACUGAAAAAGAGAUGAAAGAAAUUGAAGCCCUGAACAAAAACGUUCGUUACGUGGAACUGCUAAUGUGGCGUGACCAUCCAGAGUACCCCUUCAGCGAUGAAUACUGAAAACAAGGUGCAUCUGGGCAGUUUCCAAACUUGGUGCCACUGGGCAUUGCUGAAAGGGACCCAGCGUUUGGUGCUUUGACUUCAUUGGAGACUGUUAAAAUCAGCAUUAAAAACAUGACAUUUACUU